AUGUCAGGAACCAAAUCAUUAACAUCUAAAUUUGAACAAGAAAUAAAAGACGCUAACGAAGUAAAGACAAGUGGCAAAAAAGAAAGAGUAUGGACUCCACAUUCUGAUGACUCAUACACAGUACAAACUAAAUUAAAAUCUCCACAAGGUCCACCACCAAAGAGAUCAAUUGCUUCACUUCCAUAA